UCUCUCUCUCUCUCUCUCUCUCUCUCUCUCUCUCUCUCUCUCUCUCUCUCUCUCUCUCUCUCUCUCUCUCUCUCUCUCUCCGGCACACACGUUCUCUUACAUACACACACUCACAUACACUCAGACACACAUACGCUCUCUCACACUCACGCGGAUGCACACCCACCCACACCCUCUCACAUCAUCAAGGUUCGGCGUACCUGUGCAAGCGGGGGGGGGUGGCAGUGCUGGAGGUGUUUGUUGUCUCUGAGGAAACUGGGCUGGCAUUUUGGGGCAGAAGCAAGUCUCAGUUGUCGUUUAUUUCUUCUUCCGCUCAUUCCUGGAAUGCUAAAUCUGGACUGAUGGACAUUUCAGAACUUUGUCUGCCAGACCCUCUCAGCUAUCAUAACCAGGCUUCGUUGUCCAAUUCAUUAGGGCGAUUACUCAGUCCCCUGGCCACACUGGAGCCUUCCCAUUUCUGGUUACUGAAUAGGAUGGCUGCUGAUGAACGUCACCUGCCGUCCAGCUGUGGGUCGUACAUCAAGACGGAGCCGUCCAGCCCCUCGUCAGUCAUCGACACGGUCAGCCACCACAGCCCCAGCGGCAACUCGGAUGCCAGCGGAGGCUAUGUCAGCACCAUGAACAGCCACUCCAACGGCCUGGACUCCCCCCCCAUGUUCACACCCGGCGGACUGGGGGCAGGCGCCUGCCGCAAGCGGUACGACGACUGCUCCAGCUCCAUCAUGGAGGACUCGCCCAUUAAGUGCGAAUACAUGUUGAACUCCAUCCCCAAGCGGCUGUGCCUGGUCUGUGGAGAUAUAGCGUCGGGGUAUCACUACGGAGUGGCCUCCUGUGAGGCCUGCAAAGCCUUUUUUAAAAGGACGAUACAAGGAAACAUCGAGUACAGCUGUCCGCCACACCACGAGUGUGAGAUCACCAAACGGAGACGCAAGUCGUGUCAAGCCUGCCGCUUCAUGAAGUGUCUGAAAGUGGGGAUGCUGAAGGAAGGAGUGCGGCUGGACCGGGUACGAGGGGGCAGACAGAAGUACAAGAGGAGGAUGGAUGCAGAGAACACUGCGUAUCUGGGCCUGACCCUCCCUCCACCUGCCAAGAAGCCCCUCACCAAGAUCGUGUCCCACCUGCUGGUGGCCGAGCCAGAGAAGAUCUACGCCAUGCCCGACCCCACCAUGCCCGAGAGCGACAUCAAGGCCCUCACCACGCUGUGUGACCUGGCAGACAGAGAGCUGGUGGUCAUCAUCGGCUGGGCCAAGCACAUCCCAGGGUUCUCCAGCUUGUCUCUCGGAGACCAGAUGAGUCUACUGCAGAGCGCCUGGAUGGAGAUCCUCGUGCUGAGCAUCGUGUUCCGCUCGCUGCCCUACGAGGACGAGCUGGUGUACGCCGAGGACUACAUCAUGGACGAGGAGCACUCGCGCCUCACCGGCCUGCUGGACCUGUACGGCUCCAUCCUGCAGCUCGUACGCAAGUACAAGAAGCUGAAGGUGGAGAAGGAGGAGUUCGUCACCCUGAAGGCCAUCGCUCUCGCCAACUCAGACUCCAUGCACAUAGAGGACGUGGAGGCCGUUCAGAAGCUCCAGGAUGCUCUCCACGAGGCCCUGCAGGACUAUGAGACUACCCAGCACCAGGAGGACCCUCGGCGGGCAGGGAAGCUGCUGAUGACCCUCCCCCUCCUCCGCCAGACGGCCACCAAGGCCGUGCAGCACUUCUACAGCAUCAAGGUGCAGGGCAAGGUGCCCAUGCACAAACUGUUCCUGGAGAUGCUUGAGGCCAAGGUCUGAUUGGAGGAGCCGGUUGCCCCGGCGAUAGCCACGGCGACGGCCGGAGGCUGACAGAGACUGGAUGAACUCAGGAGAGGAAUGAGGGAGACUGUGAUUGACAGGCAGGACGGAGACACAGACCCAGUCCUGCCCCCCGGGAACCCUGAGAAAAAAAAUGCAAAAAUGCAAAACUUGAUUAUAAGUAUAAAUAUAAAAUGAUGCAGAUUAAUUUAAAAUAUAUAAGAAAUCCUAUGUACAGUAAUAAUUUUAUUGUUUUUGUUUUAUGGUCUGUGGUCAUACUGUAAAAUGAAAAUGGAUCCCUCAUUCUUACUGAUAUCUUCAGAUUGAAUAAUUGCAGGUUCUUGACUAACAAGAAAGUUGGUUUUCUUUCUCUGAGCAUCUCAAAGUGAGGUCCCUGUUUGUGUGACAACAGAAAUGUCAGCCACCAUGAACACUCUCUUGUUAAACAGUUGUGUUGAAUCCUGGACUUUUCCAGGACUUGUAUAUAUUUAUUACUGGGAGGACUGAGUGGACAGUUCAAAGUCUGGUAACUCGUGGCAAUUUUCUCUUGUUCUGUUACUCUGAGGUUAAGAAAAAAAAACACAAAAAAAAAAGAAUACAAAAAAAAACUGAAUCUGUUACCUAAAUGUGAGCUCUAUCAAUCUAAAUGUCCUUGAAUAUACCUCUUCAGAGCGGCGAGCCAUGUGAUGUGUCUCAGUUCAGACAGGAAGGCAACUUGGUCCCAUGUUUAACCAAACUAGCAUAGGCAGGUAGUUAGUAAUCUGUAGUAACACAGCAAUAACAGGAGCCGUUAGCCAGCCGCGCUAACAACUCCUCCUCUUCUUCUCUGCUCCUCAACGCUGCUGUCGCUAGAAGACCACGCCCUCCUCCUGGGCGGCCAGCUCCUUCGUUGCACUGUAGAUCCCCUCCUUUGUUGUUAUUUGUUGUUGUUGUUGUCGAUGAUGUUGUUGACGUCAGCCCCCCCCCUAGAAACCCCCAAAUUUGGUCACUCGUUGCAGCCGGGGGAAGUUGACUCCUGGCAACUGAGCGAAUGACCGGAUUUGGGCUGAGUGAAAGAUGAUCAGUGGGUCUGAGGCGGGGGUAUCAAAGGGGUUUAUGCAGAGUGGCUGAAGUCCAGGAGAUUCCUUGUUCAAACAAUCACAGACCCAUAUGUCAAACGCUCUAUUUUGGGUGCUUUAAGCCCGUGGCAGAGUCGUCCCUCACACAGCCAGCAAGGUGCACAGCAUCUGCUCUCACCAGUUUAGAAGCCGGCCGUCUUUUUAUAGCCGAGCCUGCGUUUGUAGCUUCAUCCAAGCAGAGGUGAGUGGCAGGUGCAGGAGGGGCCUGGUGGUGCUCCACGCUGGGUUUAUUUUGAACCCAGAGGGAGGUUGUUGCCCCCUUGUUGGAUCACAGUAGACACGUGGAGCCCUGCUUUACCGCAUGCCGGCUCCGUGGCUGUGGAGCGCUGUGUCGCUCCCCCAUCGGCAGUGAGACGGGCCUGUGUCCAGAGGCCCUCGGCUCUCCUGUGGCGCUCCAUGUGAACAGCUAUGCAGGCAACAAAGUGUCAGCAUGUUUCUGAGGGUAUCGCUGGCCCCGUGGUGGGUGUCAGGACAAGGUGUGAUCUCUGCUGGGAGUGAGGGUGAUUCACGAGGAGAGGCCUCCCCUGCGCCUUGUGAACAGACUGACCUCCACCGUGGUGCAUUGUGGGACUUGUAGUUUUAAAAUCUAGUUGACGGCUGCUGCUCUUGUUGUCUGUGAGGGAGAAAGCGGUGCGGGGUGGGAGGGGGUGGGGAGGGGGGGGUUUAUGUGAUGUUAUAAAUUGUGCCACUGUCACAACAAGAUGAUACUGUGAUCAAAGGAAUCCCUGACUUUGCGAAGAGGUCGCUCGCCCCACCCCCAGGCUUCUGAUAUCAUUGGCCAGCGUCCGGCAGCAACCCCUCUUUUACUGCAGCCUGAUUGGCCACUUAGUGAGAGAUGACAACACACCCCUGCGCCCAAUCACGGAAGCUUGAACUAGCUGCUGUCCACUUAACAGGCUUCACUGUAGAGGGUGACGAUGUCACUUCAGUCUGUUAACUGUUGUGCAAUACAACAGGGACCAAUUCUGACUGAAACCAUGCUUGAAGCAUGCUUUUAAUAAGAUUUGGGCAAAUUUGAAUACCAUUUACACAUUAGAAAAUUCGCUAAUCAGCAAUAUACAUAGAUAUAUAUUAGAUCAGAACCACACUUGCUUUGAUUUCCUAUUAAUAAGUGCAGUAUGAACAACCAAAUGGUUUUGCUGAAAAUCUUUACAACUGGCAGUUUGCAGUUCAAAUUCUCCAGAUAUUGGAAAAACAACUAUGGAAAUCCAGUCUCCUGCCUCCCCUGUGUUUUUCUUAGCAUUCUGGCACCUUUAGAAUACGGAGGUACAUGUCUUACCCUACACACUGUGUCUAUAUAAUGUGUGUAUAUAUAUAUCAGUGUCAAUACUGGACAGUAUACAGUAGGUUGCAGAGUUAUGCUGUGUUCACACCGAAAGCGAAGCAAAGUUUUUGCGAAGCGAGAGUACAUGUAAAGUAAUCGCAAACACGCGAAUUCGCGCUGUUCGUGUCUAUCGCGAAAAAUUCGUGUGACACUGUCGCGAAAGUUUAUCAAUGUUGAGAUGUCACUGACGUUUUUGACGAAAUGGAGGUCAAGAGUAUUGUAGCUGUCUGUGGGCAUCCUCUGCUAUACGACGCUACUUCGUAUUUGUUUAUAGUAGCCUAGUCGAUUCGGACAUGGUUGACGCCGAAAAAAAACGGUUGGCUCCUAGCGAUUCGUCCGAAUAAACACAAAUGAACGCGAAUUGAAAAUUCGCUUCAUUCGCGAACUGGUGUGAACACAGCAUUACAGUUCAAAAAAGGCCUACAGCAAGCAGCGUCUUGCUGACUGCUACCUCACUAUCACUACUGUCAAUACUCUCGAUUUGAACACGUACUCAUCAUCAUCAUCAUCAUCAUGACUGUAACAGACCUGAGUCGUCCUUGUUUCUAUCAAAGAUUUACUGUCUCUGGAAAUGCUCCUGCCAAGAUAUUUGUAAUUGUAUUCACCAGUUGUCUCUGGUCAUCCAUAUUAUCUGUUUGUAAAGGUAGAGCAUGCUUAAAGGUGACCUCAUGAUUUGACCAGCAUUGGGUGUGCGAUCCAUUUUGGUUAUAAAGCGGGUACAUGUUUUUACUAACAUCAGUGUGUCAGAAUUGGUCCCUUAAUAAUAAAUUGCAGAAAGGAGCUUUAAACGCUUCCUUUUCCUGCAGCCUAAGUAUUUAUGGUGUGGAUUAUAUCAUUUGGCAACAGUGUACAUUGAUAUCUCUGAUCGGUGAAUCACCAAUAUCUGUGUAACUUUUAUGUUUUGAUUUCCAAAAAGGUAAAGAACAAAGAAUUAAAUACUCCUUGAACUCUG